AUGGCUGCACCCCUGAAAGCAGCCAGCGCCCCACUGCGGCGCUUGCUAGUUUGGGACUAUGACUGGAGCUUGAUCAACACGAACUCUGAUACCUUCGUGGUGGAGAAGCUGCGGCCAGAACUAAUGGCCAACUUCCGUUCGCCCUGCAGCGAUGGUUGGACGGCUCUGAUGGAUCGCCAGAUGGAGGCGCUCUUCGAUCUCGGCGUGUCGCGUGGUUUGGUAGAGCAGUGCGUCAGCUCGGUGCCUGUCUUCGAGGAAAAUCUCCUAGCCGUGCGCCGUGCGGCUGAAGCAGAGGCUGCUCAAAUCGUGCUCAGUGAUGCGAAUACCGUGUUCAUUGAGGCAUUUCUUCAGUCUGCGGGCCUCCGAAGCUGUUUCUCGGAGAUCAUCACAAACGCGGCGGAGUUCGAUGCGGACGGACGUUUGCACGUCCGCCCAUUUCAUGAGGGGCCUCCUCACGGAUGCCCGCUCUGCCCCGACAAUUUGUGCAAGGGCCUCGUCCUUCGCCGCCUCCUCGCCGACUACCAGCCCCAGCGCGUGCUCUACGUGGGCGAUGGCGGCGGCGACUUUUGUCCAGCUUGCGAACUUCGCAAAGAGGACGUGCUUCUUUGCCGCGCUCCGCCGUCCCCGCCCUUGACAAGUUUCGGCCUCAAGAGGCGUCUGGAAGGGCCGCCCGAGGUGAAGCAGGAUGGCUCUGAUGCCAAAGUCGUUGCAAGGGUCACAGAGUGGCAGUCCGGCGAAGAUGUGCUGGCAGCCAUCACUGACUUCCUGGUUUAG